CUGUAUCAAAACGUUAGUUCGGAACGCGGCGCAGCUGAGAUUGACAGCUCGCAUUGACGUACGCGCGAAUUUGUUUAGUGCGAAAUGUCAUCCAUUAAAAUUAACGAAAAAUGCCAAAACGAUACAAAAUUGAACGGUUUGAGUGCGUUUUCAGAUAAAAGUUUAGCUCCAAUCAAUGGUAGAUAUAGGUCGAAAAGUUUGUCGAGUGAUAAGUUGAACCAGACGAAUGCUGAUAGGGCAGCGAUCCUGGAGGAUGUUGAGGCCCACCACAUAGCAGAACAGUCGGAAACUCCUGGGUGCUUAGUGCAAAAUAGGAUAAUGGAGCAAGGAUCGCAGACUAAGAUGAAUGGUUUCAAAGAUGGCAAAGCGACAUACGGCACAGACAGUCCGGCGAAAGGCAGACGGGUCCUCUUCUGCGUGCACGGGAACCCCUCGACCGGAUGCUGCGCGGUCAUCGAGACCAGCGCGGAUGGAGACGACCCUGACAGACAGAAUGGCAGCAUCUCGGAAGUCGAAAGGCAUUGUCACAGAUCGAGAAAUGAAGAAAUAGACAAGAGAGCGCGUAGAAAAUUAAUCAUAGCCAGUGUAUUAUGUGUAAUAUUUAUGAUAGGAGAAAUUGUAGGUGGUUACAUAUCGAACAGUCUUGCGAUAGCCACAGACGCGGCGCAUCUACUCACAGACUUCGCUAGCUUCAUGAUCUCGCUGUUCUCACUAUGGGUGGCCAGCAGGCCUGCCACCAGAAGGAUGUCCUUCGGCUGGUACCGAGCGGAGGUGAUUGGUGCUCUGACGUCAGUGCUUCUUAUCUGGGUGGUGACGGGCGUGCUGGUGUACAUGGCGGUGCAGCGCGUCAUCUACAAGCAGUUCGAGAUCGACGCCACCGUCAUGCUCAUCACGUCCGCUGUGGGCGUGGCUGUGAACCUCGUCAUGGGGCUGACGUUGCACCAGCACGGGCACAGCCACGGCGGCGGCGGCCAUGGACACUCGCACGGCGGCAGCAACCCCGUGCUCAACAACAAGAAGGACCGUUCGGGCGAUUCGGACGCGGAGAGUUCCGCGUCCCACGCGCACGAACACGGAGAGAACAUCAACGUGCGCGCCGCCUUCAUACACGUGCUCGGGGACUUCUUGCAGAGCUUCGGCGUGCUUAUUGCCGCCAUUGUUAUUUACUUCAAGCCGGAGUGGAACCUGGUAGACCCAAUCUGCACGUUCCUGUUCUCAGUGCUGGUUCUCAUCACCACUUUCAACAUCAUUAAGGACACGCUACUCGUGCUCAUGGAGGGAUCGCCGAGGGGCAUCGACUUCCAGGAUGUAGCCAACACUUUCCUUUCUCUGCCGGGAGUCGUCCGCAUCCACAAUCUACGUAUGUGGGCGCUUUCGCUGGACAAAACCGCGCUUUCCGCCCAUCUCGCCAUACGCAACGGCGUGAGCCCUCAGAAGGUUUUAGAACAAGCCACGAGACUAGUUCACGAGAAGUACAACUUCUUCGAGAUGACGCUCCAAAUCGAAGAGUUCAGCGACGGUAUGGAGGCAUGCAGCCAGUGCAAGAUGCCUCAGGCGUGAGGCACUCCCCAACUUUGCCGGAUUAUACCACCUCACGUUAAGGUAAAAUCAACUUUACACUUUAAGCAUACGGUCCAUUCUCUAUUACAGUCGAAAUGAUAGACGAAAUGGUUUUACACAAAUGUGCGGAUUUUGCGGAAUAGUUGAAUUUGAUGUUUAGGAUUUAUUGGUAUAAAUAUUAUGAUGAUAUACACAGGAAUGUUAGAGAAGUCAUUAUUAUGCUGUUGUCUGUAUAAAUAUGGAUUUUACAGAGUAUUUAAAUAAUUCGAUAUUAAGGGAUUAUUAUAACUAUAUUAUUAUAAUAAUGUUUACAGCCGUGUUCGGGGAGUUCUUACUAUUUUUAUACAUAUAUGUAAUAUUUGAAAUAUUAUGUAUUUUUGUCUACUUUAUGUAAUCGUAUUGUAAAAUACUACUAUGGUAUAUAAAUCCCUCACAAUCCAUUACCAGCACCGCAUAUUUCCAUUUUGUUAUUAGUCGUAGAAACUUUAAGUUGGUAAUAUUUUAUUUAUUUAUUUAUGCUUUGCCUACUACAACCAGUUAUAUGAAUAAUAAUAUGAAAAUACAUAGAUACAAGCUGAAAUACUAUGUAUGAAUAUACUGAAGCUUAUAAAUGUUUCUCUCUAAAAUUGAUUGCGUAUUUUUGUCCAUCAGAUUUCACAUAAAAUAAAAUUUAAAAUACGCUGUCUAAAUAAAAAGAACAGUUCACAAUUAUUUAUUUAAAUGAAAAAAUACUUGUGAUAUUAAAAUAUCAAACCGAAUUUAUCAAAAGGCCCGUAUCUACAAAUAACACUAUAAAAUCGACACAAAGAUUCAGGCCUUUUUUGUGUCUUUUAUAGUACGGGUCUUUGUAUCUAUGUAGAUAUAUUACGUAGCCUAAUAUUUCUUACGGUAACUAAAGGCAUUACUCAAAAGGUAACCCGACCGUAACUUAUGUACUUAGUUGAUAGUAAACGUAGUAUUUAUGAUUGAGUAUUCUAAUUACUAGCUAUUUAGUAAAUAGUAAAUAUAUACAAUUUACUAUAUUGUUUUCAUUCCAUUAAAAAAGACAAUACUUUUAAAUGGAUUUUAUAAUCGAGAGAUUAUUCAAGAAUUAUAUCGAUGCGUACUCACAUGCAGUAUAACUUUCGAUAAAUCGUAUUAUUAAUAAUAUUAAUAAGAAAGCAAUAUACAAAAGUGCAAUUCAAUUAUUAUUUUUCAUAUUUUUGGAGAAUAUGUACAAAAUUAUACAUACCUUGUUUUUCCUCUUUAACUGUUAAACUGGCAUUGCCAGAAAGUUUCUAUAUUGCUUUUAGACCUUAAGACAGAGCAUUAUAGUUGAAAAUAAAAAUAAUUUCGAUUUAAACUUAUACAAAUUCAAUAACUAAAGCAAUACCUAUUAUGUGUCACUAUGUGCCUUAUUUUAAUGUUAGAUUUCAAUUAUUUUACUCGUAUUUUUUAAAUAAAUAGAAAAUUUUCGAUAGCUGAAACGGCUAUUUAGCAAAAUAAAUAGAAAUUUAAGUCUUUAUUUUCCAUGCACUUGCACUUCUAUUCUAUAAUAAAUAUGAUGUUCCUAAAAACAUAAAACGAAAGCAAACAUUUUCAUGUUAACUAAGUAUUAAUAUUAUUGGUCUAGAAAAUGAUUUUGCUAUCAAAAAUAGAAAUUAUGAUUAAAAACUGCAUGUAUUUAUAUAAAUAAUUUAAGUAUUCUUGAAUAUUUUGUAGAUAUUAGUGGAAAUAGUUCACUUUAAGGUCCAGCCAAAGUAUCGCGCACGCGGGCAGUACGCGUUAGUUUGGCUGAACCAUUAGUGAUGAAAUGGAGUAAUUUCGCUGUUUUCUUUUUGAAAUGAUAUCAAAUGUAUGAUAUUAUUAAUAAGUGUCCUUAUUGUUAGUGGUCUUCCAAAUAUUGAUAGACGUAAGUGAUGAUCGUGUCAAUGUAUUUUGAAAUGAAAUUAUAUAUUUUGGAAUUAUUCA